CCCCGAGCACGCCGUCGUGCUGCCCGCGGAACUAUGUCAGAAAACGUCGCAAUGUCCGCGAACGUCCAAGGACCCACGCGCAAGUACAUAUGCUGCGUGCCCGUCGAGGCCAAGGAGAACACGGUCACGCUGGGCAGCGUCUACGGCGCGGUCGUCAAACUCCUCAAGGCGCGCGGCUGGCGACGCUUAAAGAGUUCCACGCAGCGGCCGGGAUCUGCCGAUUUGAUCCUCGGCGGGCCCUGCGCGGCGGGCAUCCCCUGGAAGGCUCUAAGGGUGCACCGCACCGCGGGAACCCCGCCUCUGACGAGCUUCUACCGCUCCUUCGAGCAGAUCUGCCGCAAGGGCUUGUUGGCGCGGACGCUACGUAAAAACGGCGGGCCCGAGAACACACCAAAUUGGUUCCCGACCUCCUACAUCGUCGCGCCGGGCCGCGAGGAGGCUGAAGAAGAAAGAGCCUUAUUACGGGCCGCCCACGUUCAGCGAGGCGGCGACGGCGUUUCAGUGUGGAUCCUCAAGCCGAGCGACGGCGGCAAGGGCGCCAACAUAAAAGUGAUGGACACUCUCUCGCAAAUAGAGGCCCACUUCGACGCGCUCGAGGACGGCUCCAUCGCCUGGGUGGCCUCGGAGUACAUUAAGACGCCUUUAUUGCUACAACCUGGUAGCAGAAAAUUCGACGUGCGCAUCUGGGCUUUGUUAGAUGCGAAUUACGACGUCCACGUCUGGAACAAUGGGGUGCUGCGGACGUGCAGCGUCCCCUUCACGCUCGACGCAUCAAAGUUAAAUGAUCCGUUCGUGCAUCUCUCGAACCACUGCAUCCAGACCCGAUCAGAGACUUAUGGGAAACACGAGUCGGCGACGAACGAGGUCUGGCUGAAGGAUUUUGAUGUGUACCUCAAACAGCAUCACAAUUCGUCGGUCGAGGCGCUGGCGGCGCAGUGGCGUAGUAUAAUCAAGGAGACGCUCGACGCGGCGCGCGAGUUCAUGGAGGUGGACAAGUUCGAGCCGCCCUACAACUGCUUCCAGGUCUUUGGCUUCGACUUCAUGGUCGACAGCGCGCUCAAGGUCUGGCUCGUCGAGGUGAACUCGUCGCCGGCCAUCGCCGAGGCGCUGGCGGACGAGUUCGCGAAGGACGUGGUAUCUGUCGCGGUGGACUCGUAUCUCGGGGAGGAGUGCGGGGAGACGGCGUUCGUGCGGGUCGAGUCUUAGUGUCUAGUAAGAUGCUUACAAGUG